AUGACGAUCUAUUCGAUGAUGGUAGACAACCUUCCACCUUGGGCGAGGAAGGAGAUCGACGCCAUAUGCAGGAAGUUCCUGUGGGCUGGUGGCGACACUUCGGUGCGUGGAAAAUGCAUGGUGGCCUGGGACACGAUUUGUAGGCCGACGGAAUUGGGAGGACUCGGGAUCACCGAUCUCAGGUUGACUGGCUACGCACUGCAGACUCACCGGUUAUGGCUACAAAAGACCGAUGACUCGCGCGCUUGGAGCGAGCUGUCGAUCAGCACAGAACUAUAG